UCCGGUCUUAGCUCGACAGUGAACACAGAACAGUCUGGCCUGGGCUUUGUUCAGUUCGGUUGACUCCCACGCUCUCCCAACUUUUCACUCAACCAGAGCUCUUCCUGUCCUCUCUUGUUUUAACAAGGUCGUCCGUGCUUCUACAAGGAAAUACAUCACCAUCUGAUUAAGGCGAGUUGGAACAAUUCGGCAGUGCAUAAAACAAACGAGACUCCUCGUUCUCCCUAUUAAGGGCUAAGAGAAUUAUUUAUCGUGGUGACCUGCGUCCUGCUCCUUCCCUGUGGAGGCAUGUCUGCUCCGUACAAGCCACCGGAGAAACCUAUUUGGGUCGACCCAUGCGGCGGGCACACGAGCGUCUCCGUUGAGCAGGGCGACAGCAGCCAGGCGUCAGACCAGACGCUGCUCGAGGGCAUCAUCAUCACGGCGAAGAACGCGCUCAGCUACGCCUCAUCUCUGUCGCACCAAUACGUAAAGAACAAGUUCAACUCAGACUUGAACUCCCACCAUGAUACAUGGAAACAUGAAAGGUACCAUUGGCUGCCCAAUAUACCGAAAGGACUGGGAGAAAAGACUCCGGAUCACCAUCUGAGCGCCCUCGCUGAAAAAAGGCUUGACUGGUACCUGGUAGAAAGCUACCGAUAUCUCCAGACAGUCGCCGUCGGCUUGGAGCAGAUCCACCAAGACAUGGUGAGGUUCAACGAAGAGUUCAGCCCAGAGUUCCUCAACAUGCAGUACAAACUAAAGCAGGUGCUUUGCGAAGUGCACAUAGCGAUAAGCGAGAAAAUGCCGGAGCUUAAAAUCGACGACGUCGAUCGCAGCGUCAUGUCUCCAGACCUGCGCAAGGCCAAUUCUGACUCGUCCUUCAGAUGGAUAAGGGAUUGGUUGAUCUACAGGGAAUUCAUGAACUGCCUCGAGUAUGUCAUCGAAGUUUGCGAAUUCUUCAAGUCCGUCUGAAGAGUGUCCGGAGCCCAGAGCGCCGAAAGACGAAGUACGGAGCGUCCGAUAUGUGUCGUCGUCCUCAGUUUGAUUUUUGGUUUUUUAAUUUUGGAGUAGAGCGGAAGUUCCUCUCAGCCUCUUCUCUGCCCGCCGCUGGCCGGCUCAGACGCCGAAUCCCAUAAGCACGAGACCGAGGCGGCUGUUGUUUUAAUUUUGUUCCUGUAUUUAUUAUUGUAUUUAUAACACCCCCUUCCUGCCCCUUUGUAUAUUUUCUUCCCCAUUUUAGCGCAAAGCGGUAGAUCCUAUACCCUUAAUUUUUAUUGACUGUGAUAUAAUAAUAGAUGAUCUAUUGUAAUUAAUAUUUAUUCAACACAAUUAAAAAGUCUUAAAUUAA